AUGAAGAGUCUAAAGAGAACAAAAAAGGUGGAAGUACAAAGCAAAGCAUUUGAAGUGUAUUUAAAACUAAAGGAAACCCCGCAAGGGUCUUGCAUUGAGGAAGAUGUCUUGGCAUAUCUGUUGAGGAAUAUAGAGCUUCAGAGAGAAAUUCCGAGCACAUUACUCGGUAUCAUUGAAGUGCUAAGGAUAAAUGCUCCCAAAUGCUUCCUAAGUAGAGAAGAAAAGCAUAGAUUCUUCAGGUUGCUCAUAGAUAUUCUUCCAAAGGAAAAGAUAAAUCUGGAAACGUUUAUUACAUAUAGAAUCCCUAGUCUUCUAACGGACAAGAUCUUGAUCUCCAAACUGGCCGGACUGAUAGAGGUAGUUAAUGGGACUGCAAAGAAGUAUCUGAAAGAGAUUAUUAUUAUAUUGAUAGAGGAGGGAGCCGAAGAUAUUGUGAGAGAAGUGGUCAGGACUGUGCUCCUCCAUAUACCUAAAGAUCCUGCAUCCAACAGCAUAAUUGAAGUUACAAAAGAGAUAUCAAUGCCUGCAGUUACUAUAAUAAUGGAAAGUUUCGAGGACAAAGUGUAUGCAGAUGUGUAUUCAAGCUUCUCUUUAAAAGAGCAUCUAUGUGUAAGAAACAUCAGAGGGCAAGGCAAACUGAAGUACUUGACUGCAGCAAUGUCUGAAAAGAACUUUGAGAAGCUUUGCCAUUUUUAUAUUGGAGACAGAGACAAGAGAAUAAUUAAGAUACUAGCCGAGAACUGCAGGCCAAGACAUGAUGAAAUAUUUCAUAGAAUUGCUAACGACUAUGACGAGAAUGUUCGUAUAACAUUAUUAGAAAGGAUUACCUUUGAAGACAUUGUCGAGCAUUCACUGGACGUCUAUGAAAGGAUUCUUGAUACAAGUCAUAGGGUCAGAACCGUUGUUUUCAACAUAUUCAGGUCUGGGAUGCUGACUUACAAGGAUUCUUUGAUCGGGAUUGCAGAAAGUUCAAAGGAAAACAAGGAGAACAACUCUAAAAGGACAAGUCGUGAGGUGGAAUGUCUCUUAAAGUUCAUUAAGUUUGCCCUUAAAGGCGUUUUUACUAAUCAGAGAAAGGAAUACAUUGACCUACUGAAUGAAUGUAACCUGCCGUGGGAGUUCUAUUUCCAUAUAAAAUCCUUGAAGGGGACAGCCACUUUUCUGGAGCUAAGCUCUGAGAGAAUUAAAAAGGAAAAUGCAAAACUUCCUGAAUGCAGAGAAAGAAGGUGGUUCUACCUCAAAUACUUUUUCUUGGGGAAACUUCCUAAGGAAAGAACUUUUGAGCUUAUAGAAACAGAUAUUCCAUCUGCUUUAGUGUAUCUUCUUGGAAGAGAUGACCUGGACGAGUAUGCAGAUCUGCUGAUAAAUAGAGCAUUAGCCAGUAGCAAUAUUAAGGAAAUAUUGAUGAUAGUAAGCGCGGUGAGGCCCUAUCUUACUGAGAAGAAGCCCACCCUCUGUCCAAGGUCAACUGCAGAGCUUCUAAUCUAUGCUCAUUCAAAGCACUCUUCGUGCUUUGUCAGUCAGAUACUAAGCUUUGAGACCACAUUUCCAGUGCUGUAUUUCUUGUCUCACAUGAAAAUACCGGUAGAUGUGCUUCUUCCCUUACUUCUGGAGUAUAGAGGUAGCAGCGAAGAAUAUGUUGAAGUCCAGUUAGCAUACAACGAUAAAAGAUUGCUUCAGGAAUUUGUUGAAUACUUUAUGGAGAUCAAUCUAGAUGAGGACUUGAAGGAAAAGAUUGUUAGAAGCAAAACACUUGUUGGAUCCCUGAUAUACUUUCUCAACACUGGGCAGGUGAACAUAAAGAACAUAGGCUUCUUUAUCUCCUCUAUUUGCCUUAUAUGUGCAAGCUCCAGUAAUGAGCAUAAAAUCAAGCAGAUCUAUGAGACAUAUUCAAUGAAAGUCGAUCAGAGUACAUUCAACAAAUUCUAUACAGUAUGCUCCAAGCUUAAGACCAUGUCGUUGAAUAAGGAACCUCACAGGAUAGACGAGGGAAAAGUGGUAAUCAAAAAGAAUGACAAGACGUUGUUUUUUAUAUGUGAGGUGGUCCUUAGCACUCGGGUGGGAGAGAUGGUUGAUGAAAAGUUCAAUCUGCAUGAAUUCUAUCCGAUUUCUGAGGAUGUAUUGGGCAUGAUUUCUUCAGGACGGGCAAUAUGGCCAGUGUAA